AUGAGCAUGGCUGAAACGAGGGAAUACAACCCUACACUAUUCCUUGCGGAGGGCGUUGGCCCAGACACUGUUACUCCCCCAGACCUUCUCAUCCUGAACCAGCCAAUCACGGAUUUCUCUGUCUUCUCGCGCCUUUGGAGACACACCAAUUAUCGCAUUUGUGCCGAUGGCGGCGCUAACCGACUGUACGACAUGUUUGAUAACGGAGUAGCAGCAGCGCGUAGGGACGAUUAUCUGCCAGAUACUAUCCACGGAGACCUCGAUUCGCUGCGUGACGACGUGCGAGACUACUAUGCAGGUCAUGGUGUCGAAAUAUCCCAGGACCACGACCAGUAUAGCACUGACUUUGGGAAGACUAUGCAGAAGAUCUCCUCAAAGCAUCCGUCUAAUCGUCAACGGGAGAUUCUGGUACUGGGUACAUUGGGAGGAAGAGUAGACCAAGGCCUUGGACUACUUCAUGAAAUUAUUCGGGAAGAGAACAGGGACCCGAGGUUGCGCCUAUGGCUGUUCUCAGAACGCAGCCUGUCCUUCAUCUUGAGAGCUACUCGCAAUGUUAUCCGUGGAACGUCGCCAAACGGGCUGUUCACCGAGAACGUUGGGAUCGUACCAAUCUAUGGCCCAGCAGUGAUCACCACUUCGGGGUUAGAGUGGGACGUCAAGGAUUGGCCGACGCAGAUGGGCUACCAGGUCAGUACGAGCAAUCAUGCCAAAGAGGAAGAGAUAAUUGUGCAAACAAACGCGCCGGUUCUCUUCACGAUCGAAAGAAAAGAGCUGCCGCUGGCAGGCAGACUCAGGAAACGAAGCACGUAA